AUGAACCUUCAAGGACAAAUCGCCAUUGUCACCGGCGCCGGGAUCGCCCUUGAUCUCGCAAAGCAGGGUGCAAAGGUAUACCCGCGCACGCAAUCGACGAUCUAUGCAACAAAAUCCACGACCUGGACAACGGCUCCGCAUCAACCAAAGUCCAAGCUGACCUCCGACAGCCAGACGCCCCAGCCAAAUCCUCGCUGCCACGUUCGAGGCCUUCCCGCAGACAACAAGAUCGACAUCCUAGUCAACAACGCGGGUGUCUCCCAAUGCAAGAAUCUGGUUGAAACAACCCACGAGGACAUCUCCUCCGUCGUCGACAUCAACGUCUACGGCUUGAUGAGCAUGACCAGAGCCGUGAUCCCGCAUCUCGCCCCGGGCCGGAUCAUCAACCUCAGCUCUGUAGCUGCUCGGCGCGAAGCAUCUGGUUUCUCGGUGUAUUCUGCGUCCAAGGCUGCCGUGGAGGGAUUCACGAGGUCGUUGGCGUAUGAACUGGGUCCUGCGGGGUGUACGGUUAAUGCUGUUGAGCCUGGAGCGGUGGGGUCUGAUAUGCAGCAGAAUACGCCGUUGGGUGGGGGGGAGAGUCGUUGUGCCCGAGGAUAUUGCUCGCGUUGUGACUUUCCUGGCUAA